AUGACAACAAUUGUAAAAAUUUCUGAUAAAUCUCAAGAAGCGAGCUAUGUAGUAGCAGAGCUUGUGGCUAAAACAAUGAAACCACAUACAAUAGGUGAACAGUUAAUUUUACCCGCUUGCCGUGAAAUUGUAAAAAUAUUUUUUGGAAUAGAAGCUGAACAAGAAAUAUUGAAAAUUCCUUUAUCUGAUAAUACAAUAAGUAGGCGCAUAAACGACAUGUCCGAAGAUAUUGAGCAGCAAGUAUUAAAUAAGUUACGCGAUUCUCGUAUGUUUGCGCUGCAAGUAGAUGAAUCUACAGAUAUAAGUGGAAAAGCACAGCUUUUAGUUUUUGUACGCAUGGUAGUUGAUGAUGAUAUUAUUGAAAACUUUUUUUGUUGUAAAACAUUGUCCGAAACAACGAGAGGUGAAGAUGUUUUUAAAGUUUUGGACGAUCAUUUAUUAUCAGUAAAUUUAUCAUGGGACAAUUGCAUUGGAAUAUGCACUGAUGGUGCACCUUCAAUGACUGGCUCAAUUAAAGGUUUCAUUUCUUUAGUCAAAAAAAAAAAUUCAAAAAUUAUUUUUACCCAUUGCUUCCUUCAUAGAGAGGCCCUAGUGGCAAAAUCCUAA